GCAAUACUUAAUCUCAAGCAAAGACAAAAUGUUUAAAGUUUUUGAGAAGAUUUGUAGCUCGGGUUGUGGAUGAAGUUGGUAGACUAACUCGCCAAGCUGCGUGAAUAUUUCUAUCUGGGGGGAAUCCUCCAUUCUGGAAGCACCGGUUGCCAUGGAUUUUACUCAAACCUUCUGAACGAACAAACGAACGAGCGAGCACGUCCUCCUGAUGGUGGCGUCAGUGCAGUCUUGCUGGAGACGAUUAGCCUGCAGCCUGUUGGCUCUGAUCCUCCUUCUACUUUACAUACCGUUUCCACUCUCAAUACUUUAUAUGGGCAGGCGCUGGGCGCAAAGUGUAAUAGCUGCGAGUUUUUAACUAAGAAAACUGCUGUCUAAAGUAACUUUACCAAACAGAAACCCGGGGAACUUUCGGUGCGUGAAGUUAUUUUCCUGUUUGCUGCAAUUUCCAAAUGCACUGGGCUCGAGUGAUGUGAGGAGCUGUAUUCAGGAUGACGCUGCUGGCAGGAGACAGUUCAGAUUAUGAUUACAGCGCCCUCAGCUGUGCCUCUGACAACUCCUUUAAUCAAACAAUCUACAAUGAAACACAGACUCUGAAAGGUGUGUUUUACAGUAGAGCCCACCACAUACAUUCUCAAGAGUAUUUGUAUAACAAUGCAUUUCCAGAGGAUCGCAAGCACCAUGUUAUAAUAAAUGUUGGGGGAAUAAAAUACUUAUUACCAUGGACCACACUGGAUGAUUUUCCUUUAACACGUCUGGGGCAGUUGCGAUUUUGCCACAAUUUUGAUGAAAUAAUGAAAAUCUGUGACGAUUACGAUGUGACAUGCAAUGAGUUUUUCUUUGAUCGGAACCCAGGCACCUUUAGGACGAUCUUGACUUUCCUUAGAGCUGGGAAAUUGAGACUUUUGAGAGAAAUGUGUGCCCUUUCUUUCCAAGAGGAAUUGUUGUACUGGGGCAUUGAAGGUGACAAUUUAGAGUGGUGUUGUCGUCGCCGAUAUCUGCAGAAACUUGAAGAAUUUACAGAAAUGAACACUAUUGAGGAAGAUCUGGCAGAGGGUGAAAGGAUGGGCGAUUUUGUUGAACCAUCAGGAUGUAAUCACUUCAUGACAAAACUUAGGGAUAUGGUGGAAAACCCUCAGUCGGGGCUCCCAGGAAAAAUCUUUGCCUGCCUUUCUGUUAUUUUUGUGACUAUUACCGUAGUUAAUCUAUCCAUCAGUACCAUGCCCGACCUCAGGGCUGAAGAGGAUAAAGGUGUAUGCUCACAGAAGUGCUACAAUAUUUUCAUUGUGGAAACUGUCUGUGUAGGCUGGUUUUCGCUGGAGUUUAUGUUACGAUUCAUUCAGGCUCGCAGCAAAUUUGUCUUCCUGAGGACUCCACUCAAUAUCAUUGACAUUGUAGCCAUCUUACCCUAUUACAUUACGCUUCUGGUGGACACCACAUCAGUGGAAAAUGGAAAACCUGGAGGAGGAAGCAGUUACAUUGACAAGGUGGGCCUGGUUCUGCGAGUCCUCCGUGCCUUGAGGAUUUUGUAUGUCAUGCGCCUUGCCAGGCACUCCCUGGGACUACAGACACUGGGGCUAACAGCGCGCAGGUGUACCCGUGAAUUUGGUCUCCUUCUUUUAUUCUUGUGUGUGGCCAUUGCACUCUUUGCCCCAUUGCUUUAUCUUAUUGAGAAUGAAAUGUCUAGUUCGCAUGAGUUCACAAGCAUACCAGCAUGUUACUGGUGGGCUGUUAUCACCAUGACGACAGUUGGCUAUGGAGAUAUGGUGCCUCGAAGCAUCCCAGGCCAAGUGGUGGCACUAAGCAGUAUUUUAAGUGGCAUCCUUCUCAUGGCCUUCCCUGUAACCUCCAUCUUUCACACUUUCUCUCGCUCAUAUGUGGAGUUAAAGCAAGAACAGCAAAGAGACCAGAGAAGAUUACAGAUUAUGGUUAAACCUAAACCACCGAUGAACAUUAUUUCACAAGAAAAUGAGAACUUAUUUUCAAGUCUCUCUUCAGAACCAAGAGAAAACUAAAAAGCAGUUGAAAAGCAGAUAUGAGAAACAACUUUCAUUUGUGGAACAUGGUGCAUUUUCUUUUUGCAGGGAAAGAAAUUUGAGUAGCAAAUCUGAUGUUUAGAAUUCAUACUUAUGAAUACAAUCAUUUUUUUGAGAAUGUAGCAACUUACAACCUUCCGGACAAGAGGCCAAAUACUUAAGUAUAAUUUCUAGGUAUGUUUAUUUAAAUCUAACUUAUAAGGCACCAGUGAGACAAAUUUACAUUGUGUUGAAUGCUGGCAAGAUUUAGCAUGAACAAGCUGAACAGUUGUUUCAGCGUUGAAUGUCACUCAGCAACCUAGAAAUUGUUACCAAAUUAUAAUCAUAACUGUAUAUUUGUAAUAACCCACAACACCUCACACCAAGGACUGUCAAAAGUAACACAUAACCACUUACCAUUAUUCUACAUUAACAUGAUGUUGAUGAGGAUUGCCUGAAAUAUUUGAGGAAGCAGCAGAUCUUUUUUAGGAGAUUGAAUUCUAACCAUUUACCUUCCCAAACAUAAAUUGUGGUUCACAUGAAGCAAUCUAAUUGGUCAGGGGAGCAUGGAAAUAAUCCAAAAACUGAAACAAAACAAAACUGAAAUGCUUCAAAAAAUUUGCAUCGAAUUUACAUUCUCAGCAGACAAGGAACCUACGAUAAGUACCUGUACUAUAAACAAUUUAUACAAGAUCAAGCUUUGAAAAUAAUCUGAACUUUGAAAGAUAUUUCACUCUUGAACACUAUACAGUCAAUUUUCAGAAAAAAAAUCAUGUGAUUUGGCUGCUAACUGUUGCUACAUUGUUUAAAUUACAGAUAGCUCUAUUUGACCGUGGGAUUUCUUUUGUUGAACUAUUUGGCAAAUUUUAAGAUAUUUUACAAUUCCUGAUGACUAUCCUCAGAAUAGGCCAUAUACUUAACUCUUCGUUAAGACGAUUCAUUUUGCUGAACUGCCUAAAAAUAAAAAUUAUGUUGGAGACUUGU